AUGCCAUUCUUAUUCUUUUUCUUCCUCCUUUUUUCUUCUUUUGUUCUUCAUUUUAAUGCUUCUCUUUCCAAAUACUUCUUACGCUACAUUAACAUUUUCCAUCUUUUUUCCUCUUCGUUUUCUUCUUCCACACUUCAGUGUUUCUCCUUGCAAAUACAUUUUACACUACCGUUUCUCUUCUUUUCUUCUUGUCUACAUCAGCUUACUUGUUCAUCUAUUUUGUUUCAUUCUCUUCUCCUUCCUUUUGCUACAUUUUCUCCCGCUGCUCCUCUCUCUCCCUCCUCCUCUUUCUUACUUUCUUUUUUGCUAUAUAUUCAUUUAAAUUGUCCAUUUUAUAUCUUCAAACUCGUUUUUUUUUCUUUUCUCUUCUUCCUAUUCUUUCCAAUGUCUAACUUUCUCUCUACCCACCCACCUCUCUCUCUCUCUCUCUCUCUCUUUCUUUCUUUCUUUCUUUCUUUCUCACUAUAUAUAACGGUCUUUAUUUUUAUUAUCUACGCCUUGCCUUUUCUUUGUCCAUAA